CUACUGCUUUAGUUAUACCCACAUAUGGGGGUGGAGAGAGGUCUGUGACCUACACCCCCGCAGCAGCUCCCUCCGCGUUUCUCUCAAGUCGGCGAUUGGCCAAGGACAUCGCCAAUCAGAGCGGGGCAGGCCAGCGAGUGGGCUUUGGUUGGCAGAGGGGGCGUCGCUGUCCCCUUCACCCUCCACUUUCCCCGCCUCCUCCUCCCGGGCUGGAGCCCCCUCCUCACGGGGAGGGACAGGAGGGGGCGUGGCUGUGGCUGUGGCCAGGCCGGUGGCGGUCGGUGCUGGUGGCUGGCGCUGCUGCUGCUGUGUGCGGUGUGGAUGCGGGGGGCUCCCGGCGGCCGCGGGCUUGGCGGCGGCGACCAAAGGGCAUGAAGAAGCCGUGGCAGAGCCGUUUUUACAGUAAUUGCUGUCACUGCUAAGAUCUGAGACAAGGCGGUGUUGAUGCUAGCUGAAGAAAAUUUCUACAGCCCACAUAUAGCUUGCUUGCACGACUAUAAGCCAUGCCUUUAGUCAAGCGGAACAUUGAACCCAGGCAUCUCUGCCGAGGAGCGCUACCAGAAGGCAUUUCCAGUGAACUGGAAUGUGUGACCAAUAGUACCUUGGCAGCUAUCAUACGACAGUUAAGCAGCCUAAGCAAACAUGCUGAAGACAUAUUUGGUGAGUUGUUUAAUGAGGCCAACAACUUUUACAUCAGAGCAAAUUCUCUUCAAGACAGAAUUGAUCGCCUCGCUGUCAAAGUUACCCAGCUGGAUUCAACAGUGGAAGAGGUAUCACUACAGGAUAUUAAUAUGAAAAAAGCAUUCAAAAGCUCUACAAUACAAGACCAACAGGUGGUUUCCAAGAACAGUAUUCCCAAUCCAGUUUCUGACAUUUAUAAUCAGAGUGAUAAGCCACCUCCCCUGAAUAUACUUACACCUUACAGAGAUGAUAAGAAAGAUGGAUUGAAGUUCUAUACUGAUCCUUCCUAUUUCUUUGAUCUCUGGAAAGAGAAAAUGCUACAGGAUACAGAAGACAAAAGGAAAGAGAAAAGAAGGCAAAAGGAGCAAAAGCGUAUAGAUGGCACAACCCGUGAGGUGAAAAAGGUUAGAAAAGCCAGAAACAGGCGCCAGGAGUGGAAUAUGAUGGCAUAUGACAAAGAGCUUAGACCUGACAACAGGUUGUCUCAAAGUGUGUACCACGGAGCAUCUUCCGAGGGAUCCCUGUCCCCAGAUACUAGGUCCCAUGCAUCUGAUGUGACUGAUUAUUCUUAUCCUGCUACUCCAAAUCAUUCUCUCCAUCAGCAGCCAGUGACUCCUUCUUAUGUAGCAGGAGAUGCUCAGCAGUAUGGGGCUGCGAACCAAACCCUGGAGCAUGAGUAUAAUAGACCUCCUUCUGCCACAGUCAGACACAUGACCUUGAACAGACCUCAGCAGCCACCCCCACCCCCACCGCAGGCCUCGGAUGGUGCACAGACCUCUGCUCCUAUGGCUCCAUCGGACUAUGGGAUGCUCCCAGCACAAAUAAUUGAAUAUUACAACCCCUCAGGACCACCACCGCCGCCACCGCCUCCCAUGAUCCCUUCAGCACAAACUGCUUUUGUUAGCCCCCUCCAGAUCCCCGCACCAUCUUCCUAUCCUCCAUUAGCAACUACUGCUCAUCCACCAUCUACGGGGCUUGUUGUUACGGCCCCUCCUCCUCCAGGGCCCCCUCCUCCCCCACCUGGCCCUCCUGUAGCAGGGCCUUCUCUUUCAUCCUCCCCCAUGCACGCCCCACCAGGGGCUGAAGCCAAGAGGCAGGAACCAGCUCAACCAGCAAUCAGUGAUGCUCGGAGUGAUCUUCUUGCUGCUAUCCGGAUGGGAAUUCAGCUGAAGAAGGUGCAAGAGCAACGGGAGCAAGAAGCAAAAAGAGAGCCUGUGGGGAAUGACGUGGCAACAAUCCUCUCCAGACGUAUCGCUGUGGAGUACAGCGAUUCUGACGAUGACUCGGAGUUUGAUGACAAUGACUGGUCAGACUGAGGCUCUUUUCAUCAGCACACCACCUGGGGCAGCUAAUUGAAAUUGAUGACACCAUUGGCCAACAAGGAAGGCAGUGUGUUGAAAAUGUGUAGUGGCCUCAGUCCUCGUGAAGCACUGUUAGAACAUCGUAGCUUAGCAACUUUUGUAUUAAUAAUGUGAUUACACUUUCUGCACAUCCAAAAACUCCGGGUUUGUUCCCUCCCCAGUAUUUACUGUGUAAUACUGAAGUGCCACUAAGUAUAGCAGGUCAUGUGCUUCAGACAAGAAAAUGUGCUGUUGUUGUGGCACGGUUAUGGAGCAAACCUUUUGUUUCCCUCCUGGCCAGGGAAGGAGUUUUAUUUCACAUUCAUUGUUCAGUAUGACUCUGCUGACUUGAAUUCUGUUUGUGAAGCUGCCUGCUGGUGAGAUCGUUGCAAAAUUCACAGCUUCAUGUCAAGAGUAGUCGUCAGAUCAGUCAGACAAUUCAUUGCUUUGCUCCUAGUAUAUAGAUGCUUCUGAAUUUGGCAUGAGGGGAUAAAAAUUACCACAUCAACAGAAACAAAAUCUCCUAACAUGCUCGUGUGUUGUAUUUCUUGGUUUGGUAGCCUGUGUGUGAACUUGAAUGUUUUCCCAUUGAAUAUGAUUUCCUUCUUAUAUUCUCCAGCUAUCCUCAGAAAUCAACAGAAACUGUAAAAUUGCAAGGGCCCAUCAUUAGGGGGCAUGGCACAAUGUUUUUUUUUUUCUCCCCCUCUGGGCACUCAGUUCAUGAUAUAGUUCAUGAUCUUCACAAAGGGCUCCAGGACCUAGAUGCUGGUAAUACUGUGAAAGAGGAGGUAUUUUUGCUUGGGUUGGGGUGUGGGGGUUGCCAAUGAAUGUGUGUUGAUUUUUUUAAACAGUGGUUAAUUAAUGGUAACUCUUCAGAGAUUGCCUGAUAUCAUUUGAGAAUCUUAAGUUUUCAGCGAACGAACCACAAAAAACAGGUCUAAGAAGCCAGAGUUUGUGUAAAGCUUGCAAUUAGUACAUUCCUACUUUUAAUGGUUCUAGCUAGAGGCAGAGAUAAACCACACUGUUGGUAUCCUGGAAGCACAUAAUUUCUAAUGUGGUUAGCUUUGGGCACACAGAGCAGAAAUGUACCUCACUAAGUUUUUUUGAUCAUCUUCGUGGAUAGAACAUCUCACUAACCUCCCCACCCCAUCAUCCCAUUUACUUUUUUCACCUUUUUGUUUUUGUGUAGGCUUAAGAUGCACAAAGUCCAAUGUUCGACCUUGGAAUGACCUUUAGGAAAUCUGUAUAUCAGAGCUUCUGUUUUUAAAUUCUGAGUGAACGAUAACCACUCAUUUAACCUAAGUUAAUUCCCCAAUGCCGUGAUUAUCAUUUGUCAGAAGACUGACUCACACUCUGCUCAUAUUAAAAAAAAAAUAAGUAAGACUAUAAAACUUUAAGAUAAACACACAUACAUAUAUAUGUGUCUAUAUGUAUAUAUACAUACACACUUAUGUAUAUAUAAAAUAUGUCAUACCAGACUUACCCUAUAUAUAUUUUAUGGGGCCUAGAAGUGUGUUUUUAGUAGUAUUAGGGGACUUCUGCUAAGGAAAUUACCUCUACCAAUUUAGAUAAGCCAACUAUUCUGCAAUUUAUGGCUUUAGGGAGUUAUUUGGGGUGCUUGGAAGCUAAGUGACUUUCCUGAGGUCCCAGAACCAGUAUGGAUCAGCAGUGGGACUUGAGCCCAGGUCUUCUUGACCCUUUGGCCAUCUUUCUACCUGCUAUUUCGUGCUGCCUCUAAAAUACUCAUAACUUUUAAAAUGAACUCUCCAGUCUUUUGACUACUACUGAUAAUUGUAAUGAAUGGAAGGAAACUGAAACACACACAUACACACACACACACACACACACACACACACACACACACACACUCUGAAUUCACAAUAGAAAUGUAAACAGGAACAUUAAUUAAUGAAUCUGAUCAUCUUUCAGACUUGAGAUAUCAGCCCUUUGGCCUAAGUUAUGUAUAUAUAGAUAAAGAUAGGAAGAUAGCUAGCUACUUUGGGACUCAUGGGCAUAAGGCCAUUGCAUUGUAUUUUGAUGAGCACAAACAUUCAGACUCUUAAGCAAUCUGGGGUCUGCCUCCUUUACAAGAUUAUAUUAGCCUCUGGUCAUUUGGGUCUCCUUAACAGUACCUGACUAGAUGUUAACUCCUUGGCUUUCUAUAUCUAGAGUUUAUUCUAAAAAGUGAGGAUCCCCAUUUUUUAUUAUUUCCUUCU